AUGGCAAAAUCUUCAUCAUUCUCCAUAACAUUUCUCAUUUCCUUGAAUCUUACUUUUCUCUCUAUAGUAUCAUUUGCCACUGCCACUAAAUACUACCAAAGCCUAUCCCCAACAAUGUUAGCUUUUCAAGAAGAGAAAUUCACCCACCUUCACUUUUACUUUCACGACAUCGUCUCUGGCCCAAAACCAAGCAUGGUAUUUGUAGCCGAACCUAAUGGAAAGGUAGAAAAUGCCCUUCCAUUCGGAACAGUCGUGGCGAUGGACGAUCCGUUAACGGCCGGACCCGAACGUGACUCAAAACUUGUAGGCAAGGCACAAGGAAUUUAUACUUCUAUAUCACAAGAAGAGAUGGGAUUAAUGAUGGUGAUGACUAUGGCGUUUUCAGAUGGGGACUUUAAUGGAAGCACCCUUAGCAUAUUGGGAAGGAACAUGAUCGUGAGUGAAGCUGUUAGAGAAAUGGCCAUUGUUGGUGGGACUGGAGCUUUUCGAUUUGUACGUGGAUAUGCUCAGGCUAAGUUUUUUUCUGUUGAUUUUACCACAGGAGAUGCUACUGUGGAAUAUGAUAUAUUUGUGUUCCAUUAUUAA